CAUAAGAUCAGUCUGAGGAGGAGAUGUGAACGUGUGACUGAAGGAAGUGAUGAAACAGGAAGUAGAACCCUCCUCAACAGGAUCUACACUGAGCUCUACAUCACAGAGGGACAGAGUGAAGAGGUUCAUACCCAACAUGAGGUGAGGCAGCUGGAGACAGCUUCCAAGAUGGACGCCCUCCAUGACGCUCCAAUCAGGUGCCAGGACAUCUUUAAAGCCUUACCUGACCAACAGAGACCCAUCAGAGUGGUUCUCACCAACGGCGUGGCUGGUGUUGGAAAAACCUUCUCAGUGCAGAAGUUCACUCUGGACUGGGCAGAGGGCUUGGAGAACCAACAUGUCAGUGUGGUGGUUCUGCUUUCAUUCAGGGAGCUGAACCUGAUCAGAGAUGAGCAGUACAGUCUUCUGGAGCUGCUCCAUGUUUUCCAUCCAACAUUACAGAAGGUCACAGCAGAGAAGCUGGCUGUCUCUCAGCUUUUGUUCAUCUUUGACGGCCUGGAUGAAAGCAGACUUUCAUUGGAUUUCACCAACAGGAAGCUGCUGUCUGAUGUCACACAGAAGUCAUCAGUCAGCCAGCUGCUGACAAACCUCAUCCAGGGGAAUCUGCUUCCCUCGGCUCUCGUCUGGAUAACCACACGACCUGCAGCAGCCAAUCAGAUCCCUCCUACAUGUGUCGACAGGCUAACAGAAGCACGAGGCUUCACUGACGCCCAGAAGGAGGAGUACUUCAGGAGGAGAUUCAGUGAUGAAGAGCUGUCCAGCAGAAUCAUCUCCCACAUGAAGACAUCCAGGAGCCUCCACAUCAUGUGUAGUAUCCCAGUCUUCUGCUGGAUCACUGCUACAGUUCUGGAGCACAUGUUGACUACAGAGCAGAGAGGAGAGCUGCCCAAGACCCUGACUGACAUGUACUCACACUUCCUGCUGGUUCAGACAAAGAGGAAGAAGAACAAGUACCAUGAGGGACAUGAGACGAGUCCACAGGAGCUGACGGAGGCUGACAGGGAAGUUCUUCUGAAGCUGGGGAGGCUGGCGUUUGAACAUCUGGAGAAAGGAAACAUCAUGUUCUACCAAGAAGACCUGGAGCAGUGUGGUCUGGAUGUGACAGAGGCCUCGGUGUACUCAGGAGUUUGUACAGAGAUCUUCAAAAGAGAGUGUGAGAUCUUCCAGAAACCAGUCUACUGCUUUGUUCAUCUGAGCAUUCAGGAGUUUCUGGCUGCAGUCUACAUGUUCCACUGUUUCACCAACACGACAACAAAGGUCGUUGUGGACUUCAUGAGAACAGACUACACUGAGUCAUCUCUCAAUGUUUUCCUUAGACGAGCCAUGGAGAAAUCCCUCCAGAGUAAAAAUGGCCACCUGGACCUGUUUGUUCGCUUCCUUCAUGGCCUCUGUCUGGAGUCCAACCAGAGAGUCUUAGUAGGUCUGCUGGGUCAGACAGAGAACAGUCCAGGAACCAUCCAGAGAGUCAUCAACAACCUGAAGGAGAUGAACAGUGAUGAAAUCUCUCCUGACAGAAGCAUCAACAUCUUCCACUGUCUGAUGGAGAUGAACCACCUCUCAGUACAUCAGGAGAUCCAAGAGUUCCUGAAGUCAGAGAACAGAUCAGAGAAGAAACUCUCUGAGAUCCAGUGCUCAGCUCUGGCCUUCAUGCUGCAGAUGUCAGAGGAGGUUCUGGAUGAGUUGGACCUGCAGAAGUACAACACAUCAUUUUGGGGACGACAGAGACUGAUUCCAGCUGUGAGGAACUGCAGGAAGGCUCGACUAAGUGGUUGUAACCUGUCAGGGAGAAGCUGUGAAGUGCUAUCCUCAGUUCUCAGCUCCCAGUCCUCUAGUCUGAGAGAGCUGGACCUGAGUAAUAAUGACCUACAUGAUUCAGGAGUGAAGCUUCUGUCUGCUGCACUGCAGAGUCCACACUGGAGACUGGAAACUCUGAGUCUGUCAUGCUGUCUGAUCACAGAGAAAGGCUGUAUUUCUCUGGCCUCAGCUCUGAGCUCCAACCCCUCCCAUCUGAAAGAGCUGGACCUGAGCUACAAUCAUCCAGGAGACUCAGGAAUGAAGCUGCUGUCGGCUGGACUGAAGGAUCCAGGCUGGAGACUGGACACUCUCAGGGUGGAGCCUGCUGGAGUCCGAUGGUUGAGACCAGGUCUGAGGAAGUAUUCCUGUCAACUCACAAUCGACACAAACACAGUUGACACAAAGCUCCAACUGUCUGACAACAACAGGAAGGUGACACGUGAUGUGUGGGAGGUUCAGUCAUAUCCUGAUCAUCCAGACAGAUUUGAUGGUUCUUUUCAGCUGCUGUGUAGAAAUGGUCUGACUGGUCGCUGUUACUGGGAGGUCGAGUGGAGAGGAGGUGUUGCUAUAUCAGUGAGUUACAGAAGCAUCAGAAGGAAAGGAAUCAGUGAUGACUGUUUGUUUGGAUGCAAUGAUCAGUCCUGGAGUCUCCACUGCUCUUAUGAUGGUCGUUGUUCUGUCUGGCACAAUAACAGAGAAACAUCCAUCUCCUCCUCCUCCUCCUCCUCCUCUGUCUCUAACAGAGCAGCAGUGUAUGUGGACUGUCCUGCUGGCACUCUGUCCUUCUACAGAGUCUCCUCUGACACUCUGAUCCACCUCCACACCUUCAACACCACAUUCACUCAAACUCUUUAUCCUGGGUUUGGGGUAGGGCUCUUACCUAUGUUAGGUGGUGUAAAAUGCUAUUUCAAUUCCUCAGUGUCCCUGUGCUGAGUAUAAAGAGUGUCUCCUGUUAGAGAAACACUCUGACUGUUGAACAGUUCAGUCUGUACAUGUCUGUCUCUUUCACUCACAAACACGUUUUUUUCAUUCAUGGAUU